AUGGAGAACCUCCCCGAGUUGCCUGAAGGAGUGACCAAGGUCACCAAGCGCCACCCACCGACGCGGAAGUUCUUGCCUCCAAGUUUGGGGGAUGAGGUGGAAGUCAAGUUUUCAUUGGCUACUUCUCAGGCCGAACUGCUGGGUUGCUCGGAAGAGAUCUGCACGUACAUCGCGGGUCAGCAUUUGAGUCUUCCUGGUCUGGACAUCGCGGUACAGCGCCUUUUCAAGGGCGAGCAGGCAGACUUUGGCAUGGCCUCCAGCCUGGUUUAUGGCAGCUCCCUUCCUGCUGAGCUGUCGCCUGAAAGCCUAGUCACCCUCUCCGUCGAGCUGGUCUCCUGCCCUUUGCGCCAGGACAUCUUCGGCGAUGGGGGAGCUCUUAAGGAGCUUCGCAAAGCGACGGACGGCCGCCCACCCCGACCGGGUGAUGAAUGCCAGAUCAGCUACGAGGUCCUGGCUGAUGGGGCUCAGGUGAUGGCUGCCAAAGCCGCCGUGUACAAGAUUGGAGGCGAACAGCUUGGUCAGAUUGCGCGCGUGAUGGACAAGGCGCUGCUGUCCAUGAAGCUUGGAGAGGAGGCGCUGGUGUCUUGUAAGGCAGGCUACACUAUGAUCGGCGACUCUGAUAAGAAGCCUGUGACCCUCUACCUUUCUCUGGAGGAGAUUUACCAAGUGCACGAUGUCAGCCUCGGAUCCCUGGACGGAAGCGUCCUGCGAAAGCGGAUAAAGGAGGGAAGUGGCCCGGACAAGCUGGAUGACACGGGGAAGGUGUGCCUGCGGGUGCACAAGAUUGCGGCGAAUGGGGUGGAGAAGG